AGCCUGAUGAAAAUUGAGAAUAAUUUUCGCAGUGAUGAAUUGAAACUUUGUUGAUCAAUACCCAAUUUCAUGGAAAAUCCGUGGCUGCAAAAUAGGACACAGUGAAGCAAAAUGAAUUUAACUCCACAAAUGAUACUAAGGAGACAAAGAAAAGUUUAAAUUGCAGAGCUUUAGGAAGCAACUGACAGUGAUAAUUACCAAUUAUGCAAACAACAUAUUAUAUGAGAAAUGCAGCAUUGCCCUGUAUAGGUUAAUGAUGCUACACAAUAAACAUAUUUAUAUUUAUAUUAAAGAACUGAUUCUCAUUGACUUAGUGAAGCCUUAAGCUAAUAACAAUCCUAAUUUAUUAUUCAUUGCGGUGAAUGUAGAUAAAUUGAUAUAUUGUGAUUGAAUAUAGAGAAGAAAUAUUUAUAUAUAUGUAUAUCUAUAUUGAUAAUAUCUGCGUUGAGUGCCAAUAAGCAGUGUACUCUUUGAUGCUGGCUAAAGCAAGACUCAAGGAGUAUACAAACCUACUCAGAAGGAGAAGAAUAAUCCCGGGUUAAGGAGCCUGGAACCUGAACCUGGAUAUUCACAUCGCAGUCAUGAGUUAUGAGGAAGCUCGUUGUGCCUGCUUUUGGGAGAACCUUCCCUUCUGUACUAGAGGCCUGGGAGUGGCUACUGCAGUAGUGUUGUGGGGCGUGGGAGUCGACAUGGUUUACCAUCACCACAUCAUUGGAGUUUACAUCCUGGUGUUCUCCGUCACACUGUUCUUCCUGGAGAUAACAUGGGCCAUCACCCUGUUCCUUCGUGUGUGCAUCAGGAACGAGACGAGUCGGGUGCUGGGCUGCUGGUCCCUGGUGCUGUGGUUCGACACCUGGAAGAAGAGUGUUAUAUAUUGGGCUGCGGCUGCUGCAGUCCUCCUCCGCCCACACACACUCUGGCUCACCUCUGUGUCAGGGGGACUGUUGAUUGGGUUGGGCAUGUUUCAUCUGCUGCUGCUCUACAGGAAGAGACUAGAGGCGAAGGAGGCGCUGCUAGAGGCCAAAGAGGACUCCUACGACAGCAGAUACGAUGACGAAAUGGACACCACCGUUCAGGAUGCUGGCAACACUCACACAGACUCAGACACAGCAUCCACUCACGACUACAUUCUUCAGGUGUAGUGUCCACAUACAGUUGUAUUUGUCUCAUCUCAAGUCUACCUGUAGCCAGCUGACUCAUCUCAAGUCUACCUGUAGCCAGCUGACUCAUCUCAAGUCUACCUGUAGCUGGCUGACUCAUCUCAAGUCUACCUGUAGAUAGCUGACUCAUCUCAAGUCUACCUGUAGCUGGCUGACUCAUCUCAAGUCUACCUGUAGCUGGCUGACUCAUCUCAAGUCUACCUGUAGCUGGCUGACUCAUCUCAAGUCUACCUGUAGCUAGCUGACUCAUCUCAAAUCGACAGACAUCUAGGAACUGCCUGAUAUCAUGUCUAGACAAAGCUGUAGAUGCCUCAUCUAAGACUAUAUCUUUGAAACUGUCAUGUCAGAUCUAGUACUCUGGACACUGACCUUACCCAUCGUGGUAAAAUGGACGGGCUCACCCUGGUGGGCACCAGGAGAUUGACAUCAAUACCCCACGUGCCCAGGCGAAUGACAUCACUACCCAAGUACCCAGUGACCGAUACUAGUACCCAGGUAGGGUUCAGUCACCGGGGGCAUUAUCAGGAGACCGUCAGGAACAAGGUAACAAGCCUGCAGUCAGUCCUCAUAAACAGACUAAAUAUUCAUUUAUGCAGCAUACAAACUCACGUUUUAUGACGGAAACCAUUUGGCACACGACUCUCAACUGUUGAAUAUCGAACUUUUCUCGAAGAUCUUCGAAGAAAGAAAGACUUCGGUGACUUCAUCUGUUGGAGUCGCACCUCUGUAAAUGAUUUACAAACGUGCUACAAUUAUAUGUAAUUGCCAUCAGGACGUAACCACUGAUUAGCUGGCAGCCUGUCUCGCCAGACGAACUCGACUCCAAACCUCCUAAACGCGUGUCAACCUUCUCCGUGAAGGAAUAUCACUAUGAUCAGACCAUGUGUGACAUUCAUCAUGGUAGAUCAAUACAUUUCUUGUGUUUAUAUUACAAAAUUGAUUGCACAAUGUAUGAUAGCACAAUUUCUUUGUACUCUAUAUAGAUUAUAACUCUCUCUUUCUCUCUCUCUUCGAGAAAAGGCAAAUAGAAAACGGCGCAGAAGGGAUUGACUAUGUAUACAAUGAUUGUCAAAAGCUGUACAACUCCGUCCCGCAUAAAAGGAUCCAAUAGAAACUUGAGAACAAAGCGAUAAUAUAAUAAUGUAAUAAUAUUAUAUAUAAUGUGACUAUAAGCGAUGCAGUGGGUGAUGGGAUACCUCUCGGAUUGGAAACAGAGACUAGCGGUGAGAGGGAAGACGGUGCGUCGUGAGAUCACACUUGGGGGUGCCGCAGGGAUCGACUCUGGGAGCCAGCCUGUUCCUAAUACUAUUCAACGACCGGAUAGAGUAAAUAAGAUCACUCGUAUGGCUUUUUAAACUGAGGAGAUGAAUCAGAACGAGAGAUGCCUGAAAAUGGUCAUUGGGAGCCCUUCGAUGCUCUUCAGAGACUUGGGAGAGGUAAAUUGAUGGAUUGGAAGUAUAGCCUGACAGGUGAGUGGACAUCGCUCGAGAUUCGUAGUCCUAAGGUUCCGGGUUCGAUCCUCGGCGGAAGCGGAAACAAAUGGGAAGAGUUUCCUUCACCCUGAUGGACUGUUCACCUAGCAAUAAAUAGGUAC